GACCAAGACCAUCACCUCCAAGAUCUCCUCCAACUGAUAGCGAGUGGAGACGGAGAAAACGAGCAAUGGUGCAACAACCUUAUCAAGGACAAUAUAGCUCACCACAAACAAUACAUCCAAGCCAAGACAACACUUGUCCGACAAAACGUAUUUCUUGUUCUUGCACCAACUUGGAUGAGCUCUUUCGAGAGAGCCCAUCUCUGGAUCGGUGGCUUUAGGCCUCGUUUGGCAUUUCGCCUCAUCAUCAACAAUGUAUUGGACUUGACAGAGGAUCAAAUUCAAAGGAUAAACAUAGUCAUAGAAGAUAUUAAGGAGGAGGAAGAUGAACUCACCGAUGAGUUCGAUAAAGUCCAAGAGAGGAUGGUAUCUUCAUCAGUGUUGGAGUUGGCAAGACAAAUGGGAAGGCCGACAACAAUUCAUAACAUGGAGACAACAACUGAUACACUGAAGGUGUCGAUUGAGGCUAUGCUGGAGUGUGCUGAUUUUCUAAGAAAGAAAAGCAGGGGAAUGAUAAUGGAUAAUUGGAUAUACUGA